AUGCGCCUCCGACGGAAGCCACGCCUCCUGGGACCGCUUAGCCACGCCCCCGACGGAUCGACCUUGUCUCGGGAUCCUGGCCUCAGCGAGCUCCCCUCCGGGCUGGCCGCCCCCCGCGCCUGCGCCCCUCUGGCGGCCCGCGCCCCCCCCCCGGCCCCCCCCGGCCCGCCCCGGGCCCUCGGCCCCGCCCCGGCCCGCUGGUCCGGGCUGCGGUGGACGCUGCUCACAUUGGCCGGCGCUGGAAGCAAGAUGCCGCCGCUGCUCCAUCCCGUUCACCUCCUCCUCCUGGCCCAGAUGCUGCCCGCGCCCGCCCCGGCCCGCGCCCCGGCGUCCCCGGACCCUGCCGCCGCCCUCCUCCGGGCCCUCGGGCUGCGCCACGCGCCCCGCGGCGCCCCCAGGCUCCGGCCUGUCCCUCCGCUCAUGUGGCGGCUGUUCCGCCGCCGUGACCCCCGGGAAGCCCGGGCCGGGUGGCGGGGGCCCCCCGCGGCCCCGCCGCGACCUUGCCACGUGGAGGAGCUGGGGGUCGCCGGGAACAUCGUGCGCCACGUUCCGGGCCGUGGUGCGGCGGACGUGCGCCCGGAGCCCGGCGCGGGGCAGGCCGGGCCGUGCCCCGCCUGGACCGUGGCCUUCGACCUGUCGGCGGUGGAGCCGGCCGAGCGCCCGAGCAGCGCGCGGCUGGAGCUGCGCUUCGCGGCGGGGAGCGCGGCCGCGGCGGGCCCCGCGGACGGCUGGGAGCUGAGCGUGGCGCUGGCGGGCGAGGCGGGCCCGGGCCCCGAGCUGCUGCGCCGGGUCGUGCGCGCGCCCGAGCGGCCGGUGCGCGCCGAGCUGCUGGGCGCCGCCUGGGCCGCCAACGCCUCGGCGCCGCGCAGCCUCCGCCUGGCGCUGGCGCUGCGGCCCCGCGCGCCCGCCGCCUGCGCGCCCCUGGCCGAGGCCUCGCUGCUGCUCGUGAGCCUGAAAAACGCGCCGGUGCCCACGCCCCCCG